AACUGCUCAUCGCUCAUAAUGAGCCACAGGCAAUGAAUUCCACUGUGAAGAAAGUAUUUGUUCAACUGAAUAUUUAAAACUCAGUAAGGUGAUGGAAGCUUGCCCAGAAUUUCAAUGACGAGUUGAUUUAGUGCCUCUCUUCUGAAAAUAGUGUGGGCUGGACAAUGGUGUAAAAUAUCCCUCAUUAUCAGAAUGGUGCAUUAAGAUAAACUGUCGGAUCUUGUGAGGAAAUCUGCUGAAGGAAGUCAAGCAUGUGCUAAUCACUCUUGUGAUCAAAUCAGCUGGCAGGAUAGGGCCACUGACUUAUAACCUGCUUACUCCAAAGAUCUCGUUCCAUGCACUCAGUUCAGCUUGAAGAGUGAAGAGACUUCACCAACAGGAGCAAUCGAAUGCUUCCCGUAUUUGUCAGUGCAAUGUGGGCUGUGAAACAUAGGAAGCAAUACUGAGCCUUAUCACUGAGUCACAGAAAGAAAACAAAUUCUUGGCAACUUCGCAUAAAGCCAGUGAACUGUCAGAACAACCCGUCAGGAGAAGCAGAAACUCUUUUAGUCUGGAUCUAUGACCAAGCAACCCUGUAGUCAGAGAACCAGGGAAAGAAAAGAAGUUGGCUAAAGAUUGGAAGCAUACGCACUGAGAAAGCUAGGUUGGAAAUUAUCAGAAUGCUGUUAAGCUACUUGUCAUUUGCACAUUGUGCUUAUACAUUUCUGGCUAUGUCAGUGUUCAUCUCCUACCAUAGAGGGACAGAGGGUUUAGAUAAGCGCAAUCAUCAGAUUCAGCAUGGAUCCUGCAGCUAUACAUUUCUCCUACCAGAGAUCGAGAACUGCCAACCUUCCCCUGAUUACCACAUAUCCAAUUCACUUCAACGGGAUGCUCCCUCACCAGUGGAGCCCAACUGGUCCUUAAAACGGUUACAGCAGCUUGAAGGCGUUCUGGAGAACAACACGCAGUGGCUACAGAAGCUUGAAGACUAUAUUCAGGACAGUGUGAAGACUGAGAUAGUGGAGAUCCAACGGAAUGUUGUACACAACCAGACUGCAGCCAUGCUGGAAAUAGGGACCAAUCUCCUAACUCAGACUGCAGAACAAACACGCAAACUCACCGAUGUAGAAACGCAGGUUCUGAAUCAAACAUCACGGCUUGAAAUACAGCUGUUAGAGAACUCAUUGUCAACCAAUAAACUGGAGAAACAAAUCAUGGUGCAGACACAGGAAAUUACUAAACUCCAGGAAAAGAACAGCUUUCUGGAGCAGAAAGUCCUAGAAUUGGAAGGUAAACACGAAACAGAGCUGCAGCUGAUGAAAGAGGAGAAGUUGGAGAUACAGGACCUGUUGGUGAAACAGAGCACAAUUAUUGGAGAGCUUGAGAAGCACCUGAGUAUUGCUACGGAAAACAACAGUGUCUUACAGAACCAACAAGUUUUAUUAAUGGAGACAGUUCACAACCUGCUCAAUAUGGUUUCCCGUACCAAUGUAGAAAUCCUUCAAAUUCAAAAAGUAGAGCCGAUUGUUUAUAAAGAUUGUGCUGAAAUAUACAAAUCAGGAGUAACGAGAAGUGGAGUCCACACACUCCAUAUCCCAAACACAACAGCAACAGUGGAGGUGUUCUGUGACAUGGAGACAAACGGAGGAGGGUGGACAGUCUUCCAGCAUCGGGAAAAUGGGAAUGUUGAAUUCCACCGUGACUGGAAGGAAUACAAAUUGGGAUUUGGUAACCCCCAUGGAGAGUAUUGGCUAGGAAAUGAAUAUAUUCAUCUGCUCACCAGCCAAUCACCUCAAGUUCUACGCAUUCAGCUGAAGGACUGGAACGGAAAUGAAGCAUAUGCUGUCUUUGACUACUUCUUUUUGGAAAGUGAGGAGCAGAAGUAUCGGCUCCAUAUAAAGGGUUACAGUGGAACAGCCGGGAGAACCAGCAGUUUCAGCCCCUCUGGUACACAAUUCAGCACCAAGGACGUCGACAAUGAUGAAUGUGGCUGCAAAUGCUCCCAGAUGGCGUCUGGAGGAUGGUGGUUUCAGGCCUGUGGCCCUUCUAACCUGAAUGGCAUGUAUUACUCAGGCGGGAUGAAUACAAUUCGAUUUAAUGGGAUCAAGUGGCACUACUGGAAGGGCUCGCACUACUCCCUCAAGUCCACCACUAUGAUGAUCCGACCUGUGGCUUUUUGAGCACUACACUGGAAUUGCUUUCCUGAGCAGCUGAUAGAAUUUGUCAUCACUUAAGGGAUAUUCCGCAUGCACCACACAAAUGCUGAUUUAAUGAUAUUAAAUCACUUAGCACACACUGGUGGGAAGUCAAAUUUGAAGGUGUCACCCUUAGCUACCAGCCUGCAAAUCACAGGAAAAUCAUUUCAUUUUAAAUCUUCCUACCCAUCUUCAGUGAUGAAAAGUUUGACAGGAAGUCUCUCAGCAGCAGGCUAAAAAGAGAAUAUUAAAUGAUUUACAAUUGAACUAGGGCCUGAAAUAGAAGAGACCCUCAGGGCUUCUCCAGUUCAACCUGAAUGUUGUGUCAACCAUUGGCGACACUGAGUUUCAGGACAAAGUCUGUUUAAAAAUGUUUAUUUUCUGUCAGCUGCCUUCACCAUUGUUUUCAGAACAUCCACUUUUGUAUCUGUGCGCACCGUGAGCAGGUAUUGAGUCUAACGAGCACAGCAGAAAGAUUCAUGAAUGCAUCAUAUUUAACUAUUUAACCUAUGUUUGGGCACUUCUUUUGUAAACCUUUUUUUCUUCUUUAGGAAAGAAAAGCAUUGCAUAUUUAUGUUAUGUUUUUAUUCAUCUGGAUCCUUUCCAGAAUUCUGAGGAAGGCAAGUUUUCUGCUCCCUCAAUAGCAAAUAUGUACAGCCUCUUCCAAACACUUUUUUGCUCGUUGGCUAUCACAAUGUAUUUGUAUUCUAACAGAUGUUCCAUUCACUACAGAGCUAACUGUUUGCAUCAGUGCAAUUUCAACUUUUUAUGUGAUGUUGCAAUGAUAAAAAGAAACAAAGAACAGAAUCUGAGGCCAGACCGUAUCAUUCCUCUGUGUAUAUAUCCCAUUACAUGUCUUCCAGUACCUGUCACCUUGGUCACAUUACUCGUUUGCAUUCAGUGACUGCUGUAUAACCUGCUGUGAGAGUUUCAAUUAUUGCUUGCUGAAAUCUGAACAAACUCAUCCAGUUUGAUUGCCACUUUCAAUUGAAAAAUGAUUGUUUCUGAGAUCAAGUCUGUUCUGGGAAUAGGUUAUUGUGCUUCCAACUAUUGUUCCCAAAGUUCUUGUUCUUCAACAGGACGAGGAAUUAGGGAGGAAGUCAAAUGUCAAAUCUGUGAGCAAACAAAUUAACUCGCUGUAAUGAUUCAUUUGGGAUGGUUGCAACUGGGAGACAAUCUUAAAGCAAUUAACUAUUGGUUUUGUUUUCAAAACAAAACUGGUUCACUAACAGAUUAAAGCAUCCCAUUGACACUGCAUAUAAUUUUACAAAUGAAUACUUUAUUUAUAAACAAUAGAAUGCAUUCACAUGGCAGAAGAAUAUUUCAUUCUCAUGCAAGGUUCACAAUAUAUCAGCCUGACAUCAACUCUUCUGUUCCACAACUAAACAAUCUGAUGCAGAUUCCAGUCCUAUAAUGUGACCUUAAAUUAAGGCUGUUCUCUACAGAGGCUUUGCAAUGGCUGCACACAAUCAUGUAUCUUGGUGUCUGGCUGUCUGCAGAAUUUAAUAGUGAACAGCUCUUGCUCUCAAGGACAAGCAUAUUUUGAGCAGACCAGAGGCUAUUUUUCACCAAGUCAUCAAUUUUCCAACAGCAGUUGCUUGUGUCACCGAGCAUUCCAGGAAACAGCCAGCAGGGCUUUGAGUUACUUGUUAUGCAGGCAUUUGGGAUGAACCGCAACAAAGACAAUUGCAUCACCUCUUGACAACACGCAAUCCAGAAGGAGUUGGAUGACAGUCUCCUCCCCAACGCAGCGGCAUUGAGGCCAGCAUGCAGCCAUGCUGAUUCUCAGUCUGUGCAAUCGGGACCUGUCAAGGAGAGCACAUUUCUUAACAUCAGUCAAGCAAUGUCUUGUUGUUUACUUGAAAGAUCUGGUGACAGAGGUCAAGAGUCAUAGCAUUAAACAACAUAGAAAUGGGCUUUUGACUCAAGUCAUCCCCACUGACCAAGCUGCCUUCAUGAACUGGUCCCAUGUGUCCAUGUUUGCCCACGUCCCACUAAACAAGGUGCUCCCAACCUGAUGCACCAAUGUUGCUGGCCAUCCAUUCAAGCCCACCCAUUUGUAAUUCAGAGGCAAAAAAACAUUGCAGAUGCUGUAGUCUACAGCAAAAAAAACAAGCUGCUGAAAAGGAACUAAAUGUGUCAUGCUGCAUCUGUAGAAUGAAAGGGGCAGCUGAUGUCCAGCCCAGAUGAAGUACCUUGAACCACAAUGUCAACAGUUCACUUCACAGAUGUUAUCUGACUCAUUGAGAUCCUCCAGCAGUUUGUUUUUCACUCUGGGGUUCUCCUUUUCAAACUCUCUUGUUCUUACUUCUUUUUAAAAUUCUGCCUAAAGCAAAUCAUAUUCACAUGAUUUUUGAUGAUAUGCCCUAACUUGAAAUACAGUAUAGGUUCAAUUAUUCAUUUGCAUAAUACAAAAACGCAAGUCGUUGUGGCUGUUGGGACUUGGUGAUAACAAAUCAAAGCAUUAUCUAAAAGAAACAUUCGAGACUGUGAGAGAUGCAAGCAAACUUUACACAAACUUCAGUUUUUUCCAACUUCAGUAGAUUUUCUCCACUUCCCCUGCUGUGUCUAUUGUGUCACCUCUGUUACAACAAUAGCAGACGACUAACAAUCCUUCUGAUCUCCUGAGUUUGAGACUGCUGAAGUGCUUGUGUAAGAACGUCAGGGGCUGAAUCUCAGCUUUCAGCCACCCUCUGCUGAAAUGCAAAUGCAGUGUAGCAGGAAUACAACUCAGCCUGGAAUUAUGUUGUCACAAUAAUUGUUCGGCAGGUUUUUGCCAAAAGAAUUGUAAUAUUAAUAAUCCAUUUGAAAGCGUUAAUUGCAUAACAUGGCUCUUGACUUUUCGUCUUUCAUUUCACAUCCACAUAGUCUGUAAAGUGAACACAGUUGCAUAUUCAAAUAUUGGGAUACUGCACCUAGUAAAAUAGAUUGGAUCCAUCAAAGAGAGGUUGAACAUUACAACCAAUUGCAACAACAACUAAUUGUGGCACAGACUCUAAAGGAGAUCACUUAAUAAUACUUUGUGGAAUGUAAACUUUAUAAAAUGCUCCAUUUCUGACAGCAUGUCAGAUGUUAAAAUGAAUCCUAUCUGACCAGUCCUAUCCUUGUAGGAGAAUCAAUUAAGGCAUCUGGAAUUGACAAUUAUUUAGUCUUUAAUAGGCCAAAUAAGGUUUAUGCUUAAACACAUCCAAGGAUUUUGUCCCUUAAAUUGUUCAUUCAAGUAAGUAAUAUUAAAAAUACUGAUUAAGUGGUUAUUAUUUCCAGGAAAUGGUAUUGACAUGUUAUAGCUUAAUUAUUUACCAUUUCCAAUAUACAUUAAUAUUGGGAAAGAUUACAGUUACUUACUCUGCCAAAAGAAAAGUUUCAAGUUGAUAUGCAAUAACUAGUAAAUAUUUUAUGUAUUUUCUUUUUUUAAAAAACAAUGAAGCAUGGACAUAUAAUUUACAGCAGCUUUUGGGUUAAUUUAAGAAAUAAAAGUAUCUACAGACCUGCUUGUGUUUUUCUACAUAAUGUCUGCUUGAAAUGCAAGUUGAGGAGUGGAAUGAUACCUUUAUUCAUAAGUGACAAAUGUAAUGCAGAUGUUUAUCUCCUUUCUGUGCUCGACAUUUGCAAAUAUGUUGUUCCCGAGUGGAACAUAAUUGUUAUCGUUUCUUUGGGAGCGACAUCAUUCCUGCAAUUCCAUUGUUGGGAAAGAUUCACCCCCUGGUGCAUCUGAUGCAUUGUCUACAUUUGACGUAGCAAAUGACAUCAUUCCUCCUCCAAUGACCUUUUUGGAAUCUUCUCUGAGAUUUUUUUUCUCUCUGAGGAGUAACUAGCAUUAGGCAGUGUUAAGUCAACUAUGUUCUCAAAAUGCUAUUCCAUUCUGGGACCCCACUCAAUUUAAACAUGAUACUUAAUUGGAAUCUCCCGGAUUCUACCUCCAAAUCAGUGCCAACCCUCACUCCCAGCCCCCACCUCCCUCAAUUCACUGAUUAU